AUGAACCUAACGCAAGACUCGGACAUUGUUGAGCUGGAUCUUAAAAUUCUUCAUGGAGAUGACAAUCCAGAUGUGCUUUUUCCUCGAUUAAAGCUACGUCAAGGGUUUGGGUCGGGUAAAGCCAUUUCUCCAACAAAGGCAACAUCCGAGUCCUCGCCAUCUUCCUCAAGUGUGCACUCAGGCUACUAUUCACCAAUGAUGGCUCCACAGCCUCCACCAAUCAACUUUGAGCAUCUGCGGAAAUAUAUUGGUUUAACACCAGAAAGCCGUCAAGUUCCCGUUCACGCGGAACGUGCUCCCCCACUCGCAGCAGAGCCUGCAUCAAGAUUUCUUCAUCAGUUUUUCCAAACAACGAUUGGCACAGUGUCUGGGCCAGAUUUUGCUCAGGUGAUCACCUACUUGCAAGUUUCUGAUCCUUCCAAACCUCACCAGAGGGAUAUGCUUUUUCCAGUUGAACUUGACUUGGGCUCUUCUGCAAUGUGGGUUCUAGGUCAGCCAGUCAAAGCUGCAGGCCAUCAUGGAGGCAUUGGACCAUAUAUCUCUGUGUACUGGCCAACCUAUGAUCAUACUGGACUAAAGGAAUACACUGCAUCUUAUAUUGAUAAAACUAUUGCCAAGUUCACACUUCGCCCAGCUAAUCUCAAACUCAAACUAUCCAACAGUGCACCGCAGCCAGAUGGUGAAAGCUGCAACCAGUCACUUCCUAUCAAAAUAGGGGUUGUGCAUUCUGUAACCAACCAUGAUAAUCUUCCAGUAUCUGGAAUUAUUGGCCUAGCUCCAAGGAUGGGAGGUGGUACUGAAGAAUACAUGCCAUCAUUCCUCUGGCAGACCUCAUGGCACUAUGCAAGCCCAGAAAUGACACUCGUACUUGGUCUUACUGAAGGAAGAUUAACCAUUGGUGGUCGCCCACCAGACCUCCCAGAUGAUGCAAAAGGAAAAUAUAAAUGGAGGUUUGCUGGCGAGAUUUCGAGUAAUCAGUCUGACUGGAUGGUUGAUUGUCCUUGCCUGAUGAUAAAUGACACCAAAUAUCCUAUCUCAACCGGCAGGGUUCUAUUUGACACCGGCGCCGCUUCCAUCUACUUGGACGAGGCGAUUGUAAUCGCAUAUUAUAGCCAUUUUGAAGAUGUGAAAUUCGAUAAGGACAAGCGCUAUCGCCUCAUUCCGGUUGAUGGCACCCCGAAGAGAAGGCUCAAAGUGAAAUUCCAGUUCAAGGAGAACACGACUUUGUGGGUACCUGUUCACGUCGACCCAACGUCAAAAAUCCACAUCUUUGAUGGUAAAGAAUAUCAACGCGGAGCUAUCCAGUCCAAGUCAAUAGAUUCUGUUGAAGACGAUUCAUGGGACCCUCCAUGUGUCAUUGGCCGGAUGGCGAUGUACAGCGCAGAUUUAAAUCUGCACUUCGCACCUGGAAAAAGUCCGAAGAUAUUUUUCCGAGAGAAAGAAUUUUGGCGAGCAGAAGACCACAUAUCCGAGCGACCAUACGAUUGGGGAAAAAUUGAUGACGCAGGAGCAAUAGCUACGUAG